GCUGAGCCAGCGCACUGCAGCCGUGGAAGCGAAGUUAUGGUCCGGCCGAGGGUGCUUGAGCUUGCUUUCGAGCUAUAGAAAUUAACGAAAUCUUCAAUAUGGAAUUUAAGAAUGCUGUAUUCAACGCUGCAAAAGAUGGCAAGCUUAAGCGUCUCAAGGUGUUUUUGGACCAUAGGCCAAAGGAGGAAGUCCAGAUGUUGGUUUCUGCCACAACUAAUGGAGCGACACCGCUAGUAAUGGCAUCUCGAAAUGGCCAUCUUGAUGUGGCUGACUACCUUCUUGACAGAUGCAACGCUGACAUUGAGCAGGUGGGCUCGGUGAGCUUUGAAGGCGAGACCAUCGAGGGUGCUCCGCCUCUGUGGUGUGCAGCGGCAGCGGGCCACCUCACUGUAGUGCAGAGGCUGGUGGAACGGGGUGCUCGCGUGAAUGCUACCACACGGACCAAUUCCACUCCACUGCGAGCUGCUUGCUUCGACGGCCACCUUGCCAUUGUGCGGUACCUAGUGGAGCGCGGUGCUGACAUAGAAAUUGCCAACCGCCAUGGGCACACCUGCCUCAUGAUUGCCUGCUACAAGGGGCACCUGGACAUCGCCAGCUACCUCGUUGCUCAAGGCGCCCACGUCAACCGCAAGAGUGCCAAAGGAAACACUGCUCUGCACGAUUGUGCUGAAUCUGGGAGCCUCGACAUUCUGCGGUUGCUGCUGGAACAUGGGGCCCGGGUUGAGCGAGAUGCAUAUGGCCUCACACCACUUCUGGCUGCAGCAGUCACAGGCCAUGCCCCAGUGGUGGAGUUCCUUUCCUCGUUGCCCGACUGCCCACGGGAGCAGCGUGUGGAGGCUUUGGAGCUACUGGGGGCCACUUUCGUGGACAAGAAGCGCGACUCGCCCCGUGCCCUGGCUCUCUGGCGCAGGGCCCUGGAAGAGCGCUGCCUUGACCCCCCACUGCCCAAGCCCUCGAGGCCAACUACUACUGCUUAUGGCCAUGCGAUGGAAGCCAACUCCCCAGCUGACCUGGAUGACCUUCUCUGCGAGCCAGACCAAAUGCGCAUGCAGGCUCUCCUGGUGAGAGAGCGUGUAUUGGGUCCUGCGCACCCAGACACGGCAUACUACAUUCGUUACCGUGGUGCUGUGUAUGCGGAUCUUGGGGACUUCAACCGCUGUGUGGCCCUCUGGCUCUAUGCACUGGACAUGCAGCAGCGCUGCCUUGAACCGUUCAGCCCCAUGACUCAAAGUAGCCUGCUGUCCUUUGCAGAGCUUUUCUGCUUCAUGAUGGCUGAGGCCAGGCCUGCAAGGCCAUCGCGACGCCAGCUGGCCCCCGUUGAGUUUGGAGAUGUCCUUGCUGUCUUCGAGCGUGCUGUGACGGAGCUUGUGUCUGCUGGACGCCACAUGCCAGAACCAGCCGAGGGUGUCCAGCGCACGUUGGUUAUUGCACUGCAGCUUGCAGCUCUCCUGUGUCGGCUGCAGUCGCAGAGCAGCAUGGAGGAAGAUGCCUUCCGACGUGCUGCCUACCGAUUGGUGCACUUAGAUCUGCGAGGCCCUCGCGGCGAGACAUGCCUGCACUUGGCGUGUGGUCGUGCACCACCAGCCAGCCGCCAGGCCUUGGGCGCAGUCUGCCAGGAGGCUUUCCCGGCACCCCCUCUUGUGCGUCUACUGCUCGAACUUGGAGCCAACCCCAAUGCCACUGAUCAUGACCGGCGUACACCCUUGCACGUCGCAGCACGCAGCAAACCGUGUUCGCGAGCUGCAGCGCUUGCGCUGCUGGCUCGUGGUGCACACUUAGACCACACUGAUGCCACCGGUCGCACACCCUUGGACUAUGCACCCAUGCUGGUGGAUUGUAGCCCUCUUCGUUACACUGGCCUGCAGUGUCUGUGUGCACGUGCCAUUGUGCGCUUUCAGCUGCCCUUCCAAGGACUGGUGCCUCACCAGCUGGAGAGCUUCAUCCAAAGCCACUGAACAAUGUGGCAAGGCACGUGUGAUGCCUUUACCCCCUCUCCUCGUCUGUUCUCUGCGAGUCAUUUUCUUUUUCCCAACCAGUCCUAGGUUCAUAGAAUUGCAUGAGAGACUGCCAGGGUCUUUGUGUGGCUAUUGUACUGUGGAGGCAAAAGUCAGGCUCAUUGUGGUAAGAAAGGUGUUCUGAAAGCAGUUAAUGGCUGUGCUGAAAGAUUGUUUCUUCUUUUGUGGUGUGCUUGGUGAGUUGCCUUCUUGGACUUGUAAGACAAAGCUAUGAAAAGCUUCUCUGAGUAGAGGAGCUCUAAGUUGUUCCCAUUCCAUUGAUUGUUAUAAAGCCCAUAGCUAAUGGCAUUUCUGAGAGCUCUGCGUGCCAUGGUGAAGAGGUGAAAAGCUGCCCAGAUAGCCUGGUAGAUGCAGCCAAGGAGAGGGCAUAUCACGAACUCCUGACAUUGUGAUAACCAGGAUCUCUCUAAAAGUAAGAAAGAGAAAAGGAACUUAGCCUCAUGACAAUCCGGUGAUGCAGAAUGGCUAUUUAUCUGAAUGCGGCAGUUUUUCUGACAGUGAGAAAGAUGCGAACUACUACUUGAAAUCUCUCAUUUUUCCAGAAGCACACCACUUGCCACUGCCAGUGUGUAUUAAACUGAUCCUGCUGGUCGUGAACUGGCAGGAAGCUUAGAUGUAGUCAUAAAUGAGAAUGAUUUGCAAAUGUCGUGGGAAAGAAAAACUUAGAAUAUUAAACUGAUGGUAACAUGCAUUGCCGAAGCUUCUCAUUCCUUGUUUCUGUGUGCUCAUUACAGCCAUUUUUUUUUAUAGAUCACAUGGUUAUUAGCAUACAACAAUCGCAUUUAUGAAGAUUGCUUGCAAGCAAAAGUUCUGGCCGAGAAUAUUUGGUUCCUGGUGGUUCUUCAGUCAAUGUGCACCUGUAACUGGUGUCAUCACUAGAUGUAAAAUGCCAUAUUUGCACGAAUAUGUGUGGGAGGACCUUUGGGAAGACUAAAAAAAGUUCUACUAUUCUGACAUAUAAUGAGCACUAACAAUACACAAUGUAAUUGCAUUUAUGAGUUUAGAAUGUUAUAGGAUAGCAGGGCAUGCAGUUUGCUGUAGCACUACAUGCCUGCACCAGGCUACCUGUGCAUAAUCUGCUGCUUGUACACAUCACAGUAACAGAUUGCAUGUUUCUCAAUGCUGAAAUAUCCUAAAAGUUAAACGGUGCACCGAUUCAAGGGGCCAGAUUCACCAUUGCAGUUGCACAGUGUGCUGUUGGGCUGCUUUGUACUGUUGCUCAGUUUUACCCUCUGUUGCAGUCUCUCGUUGCUGCAGACAGCUGCACGCGUCCUGCACACCUGCAAUUUUUCCUAGGACAUAGAGAAUUUUUUUUCCUAGGACAUAGAGAAGUUGGCUUUUCUGCAAAGCUUUUCUCACCUGGUGGUUGCGUUUGCAGAAUUUUUUAAGUGCAAAAGGGGGUGGGGGGAUGUCAAGUCUCUCAUUACAUUCGUGCAGAUAUGGCAGUUUGGUAAGGCCAGAAUGUUUGAAGUGAAAUUUACACCAGAGCCGCUGCUGUUCUUAUCAAAGCUAGUGUUGCUAAUGCUUUGUCCCAGUAUCAAUCAGGGUAUGCAUUAUGUCACAUUUUGUUUUCUUGUACAUUGCAUUUAUUUGGCUUUUAAGAAAGAAAGUAGCUUGGUGUUGUAUUCGAAAGUCUCAGUAAGUGGGCCUCUGCCCAGCUUGCUCUUUUUGACAGUGAGCUUUUCUUCGAGCAUCAAACUUGUGCCGUUAACUCAUCUCGUGUGCUUCAUUCUUGUUUUACAGUUUAAAUUUUGCCACGUCGAAUACUUCUUGCAAUGAAGUUUGGUGAAAUGGUUUGGAAUCAAAGCGCCAACAUGUCUUGUUAUAUUUAGUGCAAUUGCUGUUGAGCGCAAUAAUCAUACUAAAGACUCAAGGGUUCCAUCUCUUGGAAGUGCUGAUGCAGACACCUGCGAUGGCAAACAGUUGGCUCAACCAAGUGUACCUGAAAACAUUGUACGAGUUUUUUUUUUUUUUUCAGCCAGUUUCCGAAGGUUGAGCAAUAAGACAUUACCCACUUCUUUGCAUUAAGAAAGUCGACUGUGUGUCGAGGGAGCUGACAUAGUUUUUUUGAGGUUGUAGGGUAUGUGCGCUCAUUCAUGGAAGUGGAUUACCUUUACAAACGAUUACAUUGAAGGGCAGUAACAUUUAAUAAAAAAUAUGUUGGCGCCUUCUGAUUUUGAACCCAUUUACCAAACCCGUCAGAUGCUGCAGUGAGGUCAUACAGCUGUUCCAAAAUUAAUCAGUUUCAUAAACUGUUAGGUGAUGGUUGGUACAAGAAACCUCUCCAGUAAUUUAAUUUUCAAUUAAUUUUUUGAUCGACAAAAGCACUGUGUGAUUCAAUAAUGCACAUAAAUGUACUAAGGAAUGAAGAGAUUUGCUUGUAAUAUACUUGCAUAAAGAUGUGUUUGAGAAUUUAUGGUAGUUCUACCAUUGUAUCAGAGGCAACAUCGUGCCCUUGCCACCAUUGCGCAUCUUAUUAUUGGCCCAUUGAUGCGCAGCAUGGCCUCACUGAAUGGAUUAUGUUGACUGCUAAGGAACUACCUAGAUUUGCCUGCAGGGAAAUAUAGGCUGUGAUAUGAACAGGGAAGUGGUGUUACAAGCUCCUUGCAGUUGCUCGUAAUCUCUUUCUCUAUGUAACCUAAACUGCAAAGAGAAAACAUUUUUCCGUUUUGCUGGUUGUUUUGGCAGCUGUUGCGAUGCAGAUAGUGUGUAAAUUGCAUCUGCAAAAAAACAUGACUCACCGUUUUGAUUGGUCUCAUUAAAUUGUGGCACAUGCAUCAAAAUAACUGGUCCUAAAUAUUGGUCUUCACAUCAUGUACAAUAAUUGAACAUCAUAUACAGUAGGGGUGUGCGAAUAUUUGAAACUUUCGAAUAAUGAAGCAAAUAUCGUCCUAUUUGAUAUGGUUCUCAAACUGAAUAGUCAUAAUUUGAUUAAGUCUCUCAAUCAAUAGUCGCUAUUUGAAGAUACUAAUAUUUUUCUAAUACUCUAGUCACUGACUGUACAUGAUCAAGCAUAGAAUUUAAGCAAAAAAUGCUGUAUUUUUCAUCCCAUUCACAGUGGACGUGACAUACUACAGCACGCUGCGUCGCUCAGUGAGCCAGAAUUUCAUGGCUCGGCGCGAUUACUCUCCAUAACAUGUUAUUUAGAUACGGCAUUUGGCAGUGAUUUCUAUAUGCAGCACCUUUGUCCUCUCAUCAGAUUAAAUCAGAGUAUGUUUUAUUGCAACAUACUUUAUUCAACAGUGGCACCAUAUACCAUGACAUUUCGAACCAGAGAAAAGGUGCUUUUUUUUACACUACCAUCGCUGCAGGCGUGCAAUGUCUGGUUGUGACAGUAUACACAAGAUAUUAAUUGGUCGUCAGGUUACCUUUAUAAACCUCAUAUGAUGUAAUAAUGCAUCACCACAUAUUCUCCCAAGAACCCUGAGUUCGCAAACAAUGUGUUUAGUUGUUCCAAAUGCUUCCUUUGUGUGUUUAGUAAAGCAUGCAUUAUGUGCAGUGUAAUGACGAAAACUUUGCUUUUGUGAAAACCAGGAUGUUAAAACUGUCUGAUAUUAUUGAUGAGAAGGCUGUACACUACUCGCAAUCUAUUAUGGCGUUUUUCACCGGUUGAUUCGGAGCAGGAUUUCUUGCUCCGUGGCAACGAAUCCGAAUUUCACUGGUCGAUCUGGAGCGGGUUCGCGCUUUCUGCUGGUCGCUUUGGAUCAACUCGCUCUGCGCCGGAUCGUUCUCACUUGCUCCGUCACCGAUGCGCGGAUUCGGGCAGAAAUAGCUUGUGUCACUUCCGUCUUCAAGCGAAAUCGGUACCCGGUUGGUACGCACAACAUUGUGGUGCUUCGCAAUAUGGCUGCGUUCGGUGCUCCUGCAGAGAUCGCAUUUAGCGAUGAGAGCUCGGACCACAGCGAUUACGAGGUGACGCAGGUGCUGUACGAAGCCUUCUAUGCACGUUGUCCAUGCACAAUCCUUGCGGUCGCUACAUCAAAAUGACGGACUCUGCGACUGCAGAGGUCAAAUUACGCACGGGGGACGGCGACUUGGGUUGCCAUGGAAAGGUACAGAGCGGAAGUCAGGCAUGAUUUCCGGAACAGGUUUGUGUCACAUGUACGCAGACUUCCUGUGUGAUCUCCAGCGGAGCGUUUUUGCGCUCCGCUGGCCAAUUCGGAUUUGUGAAACCUGAGCGCUCGCUCGAAGAAUUCGGCGGCCGCUCCAGAUCGACCAGUGAAAAACGCCAUUAGAAAAGUGUUCAAUUCGCUCCUGGCACUAUUCAAUUCGGUCUGAAAAACUGCUAUUCGCGCACCCCUAAUAUACAGUAAUAAGCGUGAUGUGGCACCACUGUAGCCACUGUUACUAGCUGCAAAUUUCUUGCGCAUACUUCAACUUUCACAUUAGGCUAGCCUGCAUUUCUAUGUUUAAAAUAUUGGAGGAGGAAACUUGUUUGAAACAGGUGCUCUUUCCAGAACCAUGCAUGAAAGCUAAGAAUUUAGUUGUCUGAAGGCCUCACAAUGAAAGAAACAUGAACCAUCAAAUACACGAGUGCCCAAAGUCUUCUCCAAGGCCUGAAACGAGUAGGCAUACCAACUGGGUGCUACGUCUGUUCAUCAGUCAGAAAAGCCACAUUAACAAACACUGCUCAUUUUUGAAAGGCUUAACAUAAAGUAACUGCAGCUUGAAUGAGUAGGACUAGUUUCAAACCAUUGCAGUAGACGACUGCCAAAUCUGAUUGGACAACUGCAACUUUACUCUGACAUAUAGGCAAGUGCAAUGCUUUCCUUUUUUUGCUUUGAUGUAAUACUACACUGCAAGAUGCACUACUAAAAGUAUGCAUUGUGCAUGUUAGCGCACAACCACAUGCUAACCUAGGCAACUAAAGCUUAAACUUGGCAAACUAUAUCUCCAGCUGUUCAUUAUUGCCAAAGCUUUGCACACAGCUGCGUCACUUCAUCACACUGCUCGGAGUACUUACCAUGAAUUUUCAUUGUAUGCUGUUUCUCAGAUGUUUUUCAACAUAUAUGUUUAGUUCAUUUCCUGGUCUGUACAUAUACACAUCAUAUGAUUGGCAUGCGCAGAGAACUUUCACCAGUGUUGGGAAGCCAGAAUGCACAGUGUGGAGGUAAUUAUCAUAAUUUAUUUCCUGUUCUCUACAAACUGCAGCACCCCACUAGUGUGGCUGCUUGCUUCAAUAUUAGGCCAUUAAAGGUGCGAACAUUGUCAUGUCUUUUGCUCUACCUGUUGCAAAGUGCGACACAUCUGCAUGGCAGCACAGGUCAUGUGCACACAGUGGCAAAGGCUCAAGACCUUGGCCACCAUGCCCAAGUGUUCCUUUGCAUGCUGCUACAAGCUCUCGCUGUUACAAUCUUAAAGUACAGUUAUGUCUUGUGCUUGCUUGUCUGUCUCACUUUUUUGGAGACAGAAAUACUUGCAGACUGUUUACUUAGCACAUUUGGGAGGCAGCUUUCAAUCUAAUUUCUCCAGAAAACUAAUACUGUAGAUUUUUUAAAAUUAAGCUUUUAACGACAGCAGAGGCAGAGAAAUAGAUUGUAAAUUCAGUUUCAUGCUAGGUUUUGAUUGUCACGUUGUUUGCUGUACAGUCAACCACAACAGUUUACGGACCACGGUAUCUUGGAAAACAUUAAGUUUCCAAGCAGCCUGUAACAGUGUUCAAUAAAAGUGAACAUCACAAUGCUGUUCACAUAUACUGGUAGAAGCUGUAAAUACAAAUGCUAGGCUGCGUUGUGAAGCUGCGCAGAUAUUCAGCGUUUUGACAGAUUUCAUGUUCCAUAAAAUUUUGUGGUUGACUGUACCUGUUGCAAGCUGUGACACGUCUGCAUGGUGGCACAGGUCAUGUACACACAGUGUUAAAGGCUCAAGACAUCAGCCACCAUGCCCAAAUGUUUCUUGGCAUGCUACUAAAAGCCCUCAUUGUAACAAAGAAUUUUAAAGUGAAAUUAUGUCGUGCUUGCUUGUCUGUCUCACUUGUUUUCCGGAAAGAAUUCAAAUACUUGCAGACAGUUUACUUAGCACAUUUGGAAAGCAGCUUUCAUUCUACCUAUUUCCAAAAGAUGUAUACUGUAGGCUUCCAAAUUAAGGUUUAAACGACAGCAGAGAAAGAGAAAAAGUGCAAAUUCAGUUUCAUGGUAGGUUUUGAUGCAAGAUGCCGUAAAGGAUAUGUUGCACUGGAAGCAAACGAGCGGUAUGUUGGACUGGACAUGGAAGUGAAUACGUUUACAUUAUUUUUAUUGUACAUACGCUUUAGAAACAUUUUAGACUUGCUCCUUCAUGACUGUAUUGUUGAUUUCUUUCGUUGUGUGGUCAACAUAAAAAAAAAUAAAGACUAAGAGCAUUA